CCUGGAUGGUGAACGUUGUGUUUCAAGACAACGGCUUUUCCCAACCGGCUGUUGGUCGUGCACCUCUACAACUAACUGUGGAGGCUUUCGACGGUGAGAAGGUUGUGACCACUUUGCCCGUCUUCCCACGCCAGUUCCAUGACAGCCAGGACAAUGGUGCAAGAAGAGCUGCGUUUCAGCGAAGGGACGCCUUAGUCAGAGACAUCAUAUGGAGUGGCUAUAAGUACAUGAGUUAUAGUGGCAGGUUCAUGGACGAAGCGAAAAGAAAGGUGACUUAUCUCAAGGCCAUCUGAACGACGAAG